UGGACAUUCAAUCUAUUAAUAAUAAUGUUACAAGACGUAGAACCAAAUUUCCUGAAAAAAAUGGCGAUUGGAUUUGUAUGUUCUGUGAAUAUCGGCUGUAUUAUGAUGAGAGGCGCACACGGAGGCGCCCAAAAGUUAACACUGUAAAUGCUAAUGGAGGCGAUGGGGGCAAUAAUAAUGCAGGUGAAGGAAGAAAUGGGCCAGACAAAGCUCUUGCGACUUAA